AUGUCGGUGUUUUCGUUGAUAAGGCGAGCUCGGGCGCAAGCGAAGGAGCAUAGUGCGAAGCAAGCUGAAAAGGAGAAGGAAGAGACCGUCAAGUUACCCUACAAGCAUGUGGUCACCCACGCUGCCGCCGACGCCCUAGCAACGGCGCCUGCAAGCUGGAAGGACGUUGACAGAGCUAGGAUCUUGGAGCAGACUAAACGGAGGACUGCUUUGGCGGCGAGCGACCCCAGCAUGUCCGGGCUGCCUCGGGUUGGGAGCUCAUCAUCCUACAAUCCAUACGCGGCCGUCUACGCAACCCCUGUUGUCCCACUGCCAAAGAAUUACAGCUAUAGCAGCGUACCUGCAUCCUGGCGCGAGCCGGGCACUUCUCGAGACGGCCCGGACUAUAUUAGCCAUCCACCGAGUGCGAAAGGAAAGGAGCGGGCGUCGGCACCACCCUCGGGAUUUUCGAGACUGGCCUCGGAGGUAUCGCCUGCGCAGGCCAACGCCGUCCCUCGCAAAGUUGUGUCUCCCAACGGGAGCUCGGGAACUUCUAGCGGAUCCGACGAAGAGCUAGAAAUCAGGAAUACGGGCUCGAAUCACCGUCCCCAAAGUCCCGACGAUCGUUGCAGCCCCUCACGGAGAAGUAAUUCUAACCGCCGCAUACUCGAUCUCGGCACUUUCAUUCCGGCUGCCGGCUCGAUAACCCCCUCCUCAUCCUCUACCUCUGGGGCGAUCUCUUCCACGUCGUCCACUGCGUCGAUCGGUAUCGCUAUCGGGACACCCGGGGCGUCUUAUUCUCCCCCCUACCGGCCCAGUUCGAGUCCCGCAGAAAACUACGCGGCCCUGGGCCGGAUGAAUAGCAAGGAAACAACCUGGAGCGCUGCUCCGACGCAAGCGCAGCCCUUUGAGCCCCAACGAAGGCUCUCGCUGGCGAGCGUAUACACGGCUUCCACCGAUACGCGCGUAUCGCUAAAUGGGCAGAGCGUGCUGCCGGCGGGCGCGCCGGCACCUAGGAGGAGGCGCAGGUUGUCCAAGACUAGGCCGCCAGACAGCAACGGCAGUGUCAGGAUGUCGUCGGAGACAGUGCGUCCGACCGGACUGAGAGUAGACGGUAUCAGCGCGGCCGCGACUACGGACCUCUCGCAAGCGAACUACGCGACUCAGCAGCAGGGACAGAAGGGGAUCGUGGCUGCUCCGAACGGCGACGCGGGCUGGAAGAAAAUGAGAAGGUUUAGUAAGAGUUCGGACAGCGAGACGGCUCGGGGAGUGCGGUGGCCGUUUUGGAUCGGCAGUAAAACGUCGGCUAGAUAG